AAAUAUGACUUCAUUUUUGGACUCCAAAACAUAUCAAACGCUCCUCACCCUUUCCCUUUCCCACUUGUUUUGUUUUUUCAAAACUCUUUCCAUUUCAUGGCCUCUGUUGUGGCUGAAAUUCGUAAGGCUCAAAGAGCAGAUGGCCCCGCCAUGGUGUUGGCGAUCGGCACCACCGCGCCGCUGAACAUCGUUCUACAGUCAGACUAUCCUGACUACUACUUUCAUAUUACUAAUUCCGAAGAUCUGACUCACUUGAAGCAGAAGUUCACCCGAAUAUGUGAAAACUCGAUGAUCAGAAAGCGACACAUGUAUCUAACGGAGGAGAUACUUCGAGAGAAUCCAAAUAUGUGCGCGUACAUGGCACAUUCCCUGGACACGCGUCAAGAUAUUGCGGUGGUGGAAGUGCCGAAACUGGGCAAAGAUGCGGCUGAAAAAGCCAUCAAAGAGUGGGGCCAACCCAAAUCCAAAAUCACUCAUCUCAUCUUCUGCACCUCUUCCGGCAUCGACAUGCCCGGCGCCGACUUCCAACUUCUCAAGCUCCUCGGCCUCCGCCCCUCCGUCAAACGCUACAUGAUAUACCAGCAAGGCUGCUUUGCUGGCGGCACCGGGAUCCGCCUCGCCAAGGAUUUAGCGGAGAACAACAGAGGAGCCAGAGUCUUGGUAGUGUGCUCGGAGAUCUCCGCCAUGAAGUUCCGUGGGCCGUCGGAGAUUCACUUGGACACGAUGAUAGGGCAGGCGUUGUUUGGAGAUGGUGCAGCGGCGGUGAUAAUCGGGACGGAUCCGGACGUGUCAGUGGAGCAUCCGCUGUACGAGCUGGUGUGGACCGGAGCAACGCUGGUGCCGGACUCGGAGGGGGCGAUCGAGGGGCACUUGAGGGAAGUGGGGCUGACCUGCCAUUUGCUUAAAGAUGUGCCUGGUCUCAUCUCUAACAACAUUGAAAAGAGUCUUAAAGAGGCUUUUACACCUCUUGGAAUUAGCGACUGGAAUUCUAUUUUUUGGAUUUUCCAUCCAGGUGGCCCUGCCAUUCUCGACCAGGUGGAGGCGAAAUUAGGUUUAAAGGAAGAGAAGAUGAGAGCAACUCGAGAGGUUCUACGCGAGUACGGUAACAUGUCGAGCGUGUCCGUGUUGUUUAUAAUGGAUCAAAUGAGGAAGAACUCUAUCGAGGAAGAAAAUUCAACAACCGGAGAAGGGCUCGAAUGGGGAGUUCUGUUUGGGUUUGGGCCAGGGAUAACAUUGGAGACCGUGGUGCUGCAUAGUAUUGACAUAAAGGAAACCACUAUGAAAGCGGCCUCUCAUUAACAGUACUAUGCUACUACAUCAUGCUGAAGUUGUAGUUAUAAAUGGUGAGCAAUUGAUGAAGGUGUUCAUGGAGAUGGAGCUUUAAUUGUUUGGUUUGGUAUUUGGUAGUAAAUAAAAAGGGAAAAGGGUAAGAAAAACAAAAAGAACAAUUGCAAUAAUAAAAGAUGUGAACUUUUAUGUUAUUGUUAUAGGUCAGUAGUAAGUGUAUUUCAAUGCUCCUUUUAUCCA